CUUCAGGGGGAGGAGGAGGCGGCUCCGAGUGUGGCUAACUGUUAGCUGCUUGCAGGAGCAGUGCGAGCACACUCGACCAACGAGCCAGCCAGUGUCAGCCAACAGCCACGACCAUGUCGGGGAAGAGUUUUCGAGUUAGCGACGGGGACUGGAUUUGUCCUGAUAAGAAGUGUGGAAACGUGAACUUUGCUAGAAGAACAAGUUGUAACAGAUGUGGCAGGGAGAAAACCACAGAGGCGAAGAUGAUGAAAGCUGGAGGCACAGAGAUUGGGAAAACUCUGGCUGAGAAGAGUAGAGGCCUCUUCAGUGCAAACGAUUGGCAAUGCAAAACAUGUGGCAAUGUCAAUUGGGCUAGGAGGUCAGAGUGCAACAUGUGUAACACCCCAAAAUAUGCCAAGCUAGAAGAGAGAACAGGUUAUGGUGGAGGUUUCAAUGAAAGGGAGAACGUAGAAUACAUUGAACGAGAGGAAUCCGAUGGUGAAUAUGAUGAAUUUGGUAGGAAAAAGAAAAAGUUUCGUGGAAAAGGCUCACCACCCUCCAAAGAAAGUGAAAAGAAAGAAGUAGCAAAGGUUCCAGAGGAUGAGGAAGAUGAAGAGGAUGAAGAAGAUGGUGACCUUUCCAAAUACAAAUUGGAUGAUGACGACGACGACGAUGAUGAUGAAGACGAGGAGGAAGGAGAUGUGUCAAAAUACGACCUGGAUGCCAGUGAUGAUGAGGACAAACCAGCUAAGAAAAAGGGCAGCCACUCGGGUUCGUCCCGCUCAUCUUCGCGCUCCUCCAGCUCCAGUUCACGGUCGAGGUCCAGGUCCCGCUCUGGAAGCUCAUCCAGUUCCAGGUCUGGAUCUCGCUCGAGGUCCCACUCCAGAUCCAGUUCCAAGUCUGGAAAGGGCUCCUCUCCCCCGAAGAGGUCCCGCUCACCUUCCUCCUCCCCUGAGAGGGGACAGAAGCGCAGUCGCUCCAGGUCCUCAUCUGGAGAGAAAAAGCGGAGGCGUUCUAGAUCACAUUCGUCCGAAAGGUGCCGUGCCCCGUCCUCUGGAUCAUCCGAUUCUGGCUCCAGUUCAAAAAAGAAAUAACUUGAUUAGAGCCUUUUUAAAACAACUAAAGGAACCCUAGUAGAAAAGUGCAUGUUGUGUUUCAAGGAUACAACUACAUCAUUUCAGUAUGCUGUUCAUUUUCCUAAUAAAAAAAAAAAAGUAAUUUCUUUCAAAAAAGGCACCAGGGCUUCUCCCUGCCGUUACCCCAUCAUUACAAGCUCCUGUGGCCGUACGCAGCUGUCCAAUAAACAAGUGUGUGGUCCCAUAGAAGAACAGAUAUACUGUGAAGCCAGCCUCGUAUGCCAUUUUAAAACCAAUAUCUUCGUUGCAGUACAUUUUAUUCCAUUCAGGGGAAAAUUCAAGUAAAUAUAUUUUGAUGGGGGUCUUUUUUUCUUAAUCCUUUUUCUUAGAGAGCAUUCUUUAAUAAAGUAAAAGGUGAAGUACGUAAGCAUCCAUUUACAAUACCGAAGUGGAAUAUUGCCCUUAUAUACAGAAAUGAAUUCUGGCCUCGUAUUUUCUUCAUGAAUAUAAAUAUUUUCCUUUUUUUUUUUUUU